AUGGGGAAGGACGAGGAUGAGAUGAGAGGAGAGAUAGAGGAGAGACUGAUAAACGAAGAGUACAAGAUUUGGAAGAAGAACACUCCGUUCCUUUACGAUUUGGUCAUCACCCAUGCGCUUGAAUGGCCCUCUCUCACCGUCGAGUGGCUUUCCGACCGGGAAGAGCCUCCCGGAAAAGACUACUCCGUUCAAAAGAUGAUUUUGGGGACUCAUACAUCCGAGAAUGAGCCUAAUUAUCUCAUGAUCGCUCAGGUCCAGCUUCCUCUCCAGGAUGCUGAGAAUGAUUCGCGCCAUUAUGAUGAUGACCGGUCAGAUUCCGGCGGUUUCGGUUGCGCCAACGGCAAGACUGAGAUCUACUGCCUUAAAAGCUCCAUCUACUCAUCCAUUAUCCCUUGGACGUACAUCCCGUUGCGAGGUGGAUUGGGUUUUGAGCAGAGGACAGAGGAGUUUGACAUUGAUGAAAUAGUUUCCUCGAUGGAGGAGAGAGAUGAACGGAGAUGGCGACAACAUCGCCAUUAG